ACUCCACUCCCACCUCAACCCUCAGCUCCACUCCCAGCAUGACCGACGACUCCACACCCAUCUCAACCCCCAGUUCCUCUGCCAUCACGACCGACAAUUCCACUCCCACCUCAACCCCCAGCUCCACUCCCACCAUGGCCAACAACUCCACUCCCACCUCCACCCCCAGUUCCACUCCCACCGUGACCCCCAGCUCCGUUCCUACUUCUACCCCCAGUUCCACCCCCACGACAACCUUCAACUCCACCCCUACCACAACCGACAACUCCACUCCCACCUCAACCACCAGCUCCACGACCCCCAACUCCACUGUAAUCAUGAACCCCAGCUCACCUGACACUUCCACCCUCAGCUCCGCUUCCACCUCGACCCCCAGCUCCUCUGACACCUUGACCCCGAGCUCCCCUGACACCUUGACCUACAGCUCCACUGCCACUGGGAUCCCCAGCUCCACAGGCACCUCAACCCCCAGUUCUGCUGCCACCUCAACCCCCAGCUCCACAGGCACCUCAACCUCUGAUUCUGCUGCCACCUCGACCCCUAGCUCCACAGGCACCUCACCUCCCAAUUCUGCUGCCACUUCGACCCUCAAUUCUGCUGCCACCUCGACCCCCAGCUCCACAGGCAGCUUGACCCCAAAUUCUGCUGCUACCUCAACCCCCAGCUCCACAGGCACCUCAACCUCUGAUUCUGCUGCCACCUCGACCCCCAGCUCCACAGGCCCCUCGCCUCCCAAUUCUGCUGCCACUUCGACCCUCAAUUCUGCUGCCACCUCGACCCCCAGCUCCACAGGCACCUCGCCUCCCAAUUCUGCUGCCACCUCGACCCCCAGCUCCACAGGCACCUCGACCCCCAGCUCUGCUGUCACCUCAACCCCCAGCUCCACAGGCAGCUUGACCCCAAAUUCUGCUGCCACCUCGACCCCCAGCUCUGCUGCCACCUCAACCCCCAGCUCCACAGGCAGCUCUACCCCGAAUUCUGCUGCCACCUCGAACCCCAGCUCCAUAGGCACCUCGACCCUGAAUUCUGCUGCCACCUCGACCCCCAGCUCUGCUGCCACCUCGACCCCCAGCUCCGUUUCCAGAGCUACCAGCUCUGCUACAAUCUCUCCACAAUCUACAGUCACUACAUCCAAGAAUACUGGGCAUCCUACUUCUUCUGGGUCUCCUGCAGUCACGCCCACCCCCUCUGUCAUCAGCUCUGCAAGUUCACCUAGCUCCAGCACUUCUGGCGUCCCAACCUCAUCUGCUCCCACCCUGGGUUCCAUCCCAACUAGCAGAGAUACGACUUCUUCUGGCCCACCGAGUACUGGACCAGCCACCUCUCCCAGUCUACCUGAAUCCACAACACCUUCAGGGUCGGGCGCUACCGCCUCAUCUCUUGGGCCCGUUUCUGUCACCUCACAGACCACAGCCUCUCCGGAGAGCAGUGCCUUCCCCUACUGGGCCAUCAUCCUCAUCUGCCUGGCCGCGCUGAGCCUGCUGAGCUUCUGCUCUCUGCUGGCGUUUUUCCUAAAGUCGAGGCUGGCUGGUGUCGCCUCCUACUCCGUUCAGAAGGCUCAUCAGUUUCUCCAGAACCAGAGCUGACGCGAUCACAGCUGAGGGAAGAAUGGGCCAUCCAGACCCC